AUGACGAGCGGUGACAAGCAAGACAACGCCAGUGCAACUGCUGAGCCAGACUUUGCCAAGGCCUUCCAGGAACUAGCACGCGGUGAACGCGCCGCCGCCGCUCUGGAGAACCAUCUUGAUUCACUAGAGAGAAAGAUCGAGGACCUCCUUGCUAAAGCCGAUGCGGAUGAGAAAAAUCUUGGAACGCAGGCUCAGUCACAAUCCAAACCAUCCUCUGCCAACCCUCCAUCCGCAGAGAAGGAACCUCGCCCGUCUUGA